ACCCGUCGUACUUACUGCAAGGGUAAAGAGUGCAAAAAGCACACACCCCACAAAGUGACUCAGUACAAGAAGGGAAAGGACUCUCUCGCUGCCCAGGGGAAAAGACGAUAUGACCGAAAGCAGUCCGGUUACGGUGGUCAGACGAAGCCAGUUUUCCACAAGAAGGCUAAGACGACCAAAAAAGUCGUUCUCCGUCUCGAGUGCACUUCCUGCAAGACCAAGCAUCAAUUGACUCUUAAACGAUGCAAACACUUCGAGCUGGGUGGUGAUAAGAAGCAACGUGGCGCCGCCCUCAACUUCUAA